CUAACCUGGCGCAUUCCUCCGCGUCGCCGUCCUCCCACGCCUACUUCUCUCCUUCUCCGCCCUUGGCCGGCUGCCGAGCCUAGCGGCUCAGUGGAGGCGGCCGGCCGUCAUGGAGGCAACCUCUGCAGCGCGGUCGCGUAGGUGAGGUACUCUGUGCUCCUGAAUCGCCAUCAGCCCCGGCAACCCAUGCCCCCUGCGCCGUACCAAUCCCCUCCCCUUCCUCGCUCCGCCUACACUGGAUCAGGAGUCGGCAGGCCGGCACCACAUUGCCGCCGAUUGCGUGUGCCCGUCAGGCCGCCCUCUCCUCCUCGCUAGGCCCCGACCAGAUUAGGCUUCGGCAUCCCGGCACGCAUCGCCGCCGAUUGCCUCUGCCUGUCAGCCUGCCUUCUCCUCCACCGCGUCGUCGUCCUUCCACGCUUCCUUCCAUCCUUUCCUCUCCCCACCUCAGACGACCGCCGAAACCUGCGCCUGUAUACGCUGUUGGUCGCUGAGCCGCCGCCUCGCAGCUCUUCUGCCUCUGCAAUGCUCUGCGCAAGUCGUCGUCCUUCUUUGACGCGGCACGUCGACGGCCUUCCGUCGUCUGCACAUGCGACACAGCAGAUUUUUCCAGCUUCAGCCUUUAAUAUUGUCGUCAUUGCUUUGUUAGCGGCAACAUGAAUUGGAUAAUCAGAUGUGCCUUCUAAUUGGUCCUAUUGGACAUAGUACUUGAUUACCAAUGGCUGGAGGCUUUUUUCUUCACAAGAAUCAAAUGGUAGAGCGAUUAUGCUUUCCUCAUGUCCUCCUCCAUCAAUUGUUGUUGAUGCACGCAGAAUGCUCAAGGCAUCUAUCCAUCUCCAAAUACCAACAGGUAGGUCCUUCCUCUGACUAUUUAGCAUGCAGUUUCUAUGCUUUAGUAUGCAUGUCUUGGCUGGCUGUUCAUUUCCCUUUCAGCAUUUGUUGUUGCCCAUUCAAAGAAUGCGCUUCCUGCUUUGCUCUUAUAAAUGCAAUUGGUCCUCUGCAUUCAUCCUGAGCUAUCCAUCAACACAUCUUCCGAAACACGACACCAAAUGUAACAAAAACACGACUCUCAUACCGCUUCGCAUCGAGGUCCAGCACUUCUCGUGGCUGGUUUUUAUCAAGUCUACAAAGUGGCACCCCAUCUUUGCGUGGAUAUCAUUCUAGGGUAUAUAUCCUACAAGUUAAGUGUCUUAGCAGCAGAGCUGAAAAAAAUUGGAAAAGCAAACCUAUGCGCUCGGAUGCAGUAUGGAACAAUGGACGACAGCAAAAGCUCUGCUCCAGGGACCUCAUCACCUAACACUGUAGCGCAACUAUAGAUGCGUUUCCAGCCAUCCAGUUGCAGAUGGACCCAUGCAAUUCAUAGCUACAGCGCACACACUACAGUGAUUUGUGAACAGUACGGCGUGCCGGGCAGACUUCAACUCGACGGCUUUCUCCGCUUUCCCUGAGCUUCAGUUCCUCCAUUUCUCUAAGAAUUAUGCCAUUUUCCAAAGCUGGGAUGGUCUGGCAGGAUUAAGCAAGCUUCGCCAUCUCGACCUCAGCUACAACUGCUUGCAAAACAUCAGUGAUCAGGAGCCUCUCGGAAAGUUGGUCUCCUUGGAGAUUUUACACCUUGAGUUCACCGACAUGGUUGGGACGCUUCCAGCUUCAGGUGAUAUAGCAACGUCUACAAUGUUGAGUAACGCUGGUAUUACAGCUUUGGAUCUCAGUUACAAUCAGUUCACUGGAAACAUCGAUUGGGUACACAAUCUAGAAAGUGUUCGGUACCUUCAAUUGGGCAGGAAUAAGUUUGAGAGCCAAAUUCCUCGGGACCUUUGCAAGCUAGAAUACCUGAGGAUCAUCGACUUGUCGCAUAACCGACUGUCAGGUUCGCUGCCACCAUGCAUCGGUGACCUUCCAUUCCAAGGAAAAUCAUCUGAUCAACCGUACUGGGACCUCCGCUGUCUCCGGGUGUUUCAUCACCCAGCCUUCAGCUACACCAGCUGCUACGAGCAGAGCGGGUUCAGCUUCGGCACCAAAUGGAACCUCUACAAUUACCGGAGAGACUUCAGCGACCGGUUCUUCGGCUUCGACCUCUCUGAGAACAUGCUGUCCGGCGAGAUCCCGCCGGAGCUGGGGCACCUGAGCAGCCUCAAGGCGCUCAACCUGUCCCCCAACUUGUUCGCCGGCCCGAUCCCGGCGGCGCUCGCGAACAUGAGCGAGAUAGAGAGCUUAGACCUGUCCCACAACCAGCUGAGCAGGGCGAUACCGUCGGAGCUGUCCCGCCUGUCGGCGCUGGCCGUCUUCUCAGUGGCGUACAAUGACCUCUCCGGCUGCGUGUCGGACGCCGUUAAGCUCGGUUCUUUUGAUGCGCGGAGCUACGAAGGGAACAGGGACCUCGAGGUGGCGUCGCGGGAAACCGGCGAGUGCACAUCCGGAUCAGGACCGGACGCUCCGCCGCCGGCGGGAGGCAGCGCAGGCGAGGAGGCGGGGGACCCGGUGCUCUACGCGGUCAGUGCUGCCUCGUUCGUCCUGUCGUUAUGGGUCACUGUUGGAUUCAUUUUUUGCCAUCCGUUCGGGCAGCGUGUAAUACUGAAACUGUAGCCAGUGGUUCUCUUCUGCCGUAAGUUGCAUGAAUCUAUGUAAUGUAAUCCUCAAAUGAACGUGUUUUUGUAUGUAUGAUUUCCUUCUUCCGUUUUUGUAUGUAUGAUUUCCUUCUUCCCUCAGAAAAUAAAUAUUCAAUCCA